ACCGCAAUUUUACACAAUUUCACUUGUGUGGCUGCACUUUCUGUACUAGACAUUAGAUAGAUCCAUCUAACCAUCUUCCGGCCGCUUUUUCAGUUGAGUCGCGGGAAAAUUAGUUUUUAAGACUGCUGAGCGUAAAUGAGACUGAAAGCAGGGCAGAAUUUGCUAGAGGAUAGCAGUUUUAAAGUCCCUUUUUAAAGGAAACGUUCAACUGUUUCGUGAGAUUUAUAACCGACUGAAGGUGACCAUCGGUGGAGUGGAUCUCCCAGCACGCCGGAACCCGACCGAGCCGCAACCGGAGCCCGAGCCAUGGCCGGAUCUCAGCGCCGGCGCUGCCUCUGCGUCUCCCUGGCGCUGCUGGCGCUCAUCGCUGUCGUGAUUCUCUGCGGUUCGCUCCUCGGUCGCCAGAGCUGCUCGGUGGGGCUUUUCAAGCGCGGCGCCGUGGCCGCCGACUCCGGGACUUGCUCGAAGAUCGGCAGGGACAUUCUGCAGCAGGGGGGCUCGGCAGUAGAUGGCGCUAUUGCAGCACUACUCUGCACCUCCAUCAUUAAUCCACAGAGCAUGGGCCUAGGAGGAGGCUCCAUAUUCACUGUGCGGGAGAAGAGUGGUCGGGUUCGGGUCGUCAUUGCCCGGGAAACCACCCCGGUGGGGGCCAGAGCAGACCUGCUGAAGGAAUGUCCUUUGAAGGGAAAGACAGACAGCCAGUGGAUCGGCAUUCCAGGGGAGCUUCGUGGCUACGAGUGGGUCCACCAGCGCUAUGGGCGACUUACUUGGGCCAGUCUGUUCCAGCCUACCAUUCGGCUGGCCCGCCAGGGCGUCCCCCUGUCCCCUAUCAUGAACCGUUUCCAGGAGUUCCAUGAACUCGAGGAAACGUCACCACUACGGAAGCUGUUCUCCCAUAAGAACAACACCCUGCUGAAAGUGGGGGACACGGUGAAGUUUGAGAAGCUGGCGGACACGCUGGAGAUCAUCGCCAAAGAGGGUGCGAGCGCUUUCUACACGGGACCGCUUGCCAAGGAUCUCGUCCAGGAUGUGAGGGAUGCAGGUGGAACUUUGUCCAUGGAGGAUCUGAAAUCGUACACAGUAAAAGACGUGGACCCAUGGUCAAUUAAAGUAGGAGAUUAUACGAUGUACUUUCCUCCACCGCCUUCAGGUGGCGCUUUUCUCAGCUUCAUCCUUAACAUAAUGAAAGGAUUCAACCUUGACUCAUUCUCCAUUCUUGGAAAGCAGAAGACCUUGACUUAUCACCGCUAUAUCGAAGCAUGCAAGUUUGCCAAUAGCAGGAGGAGUGACAUCCGUGACCCUGCCUUUGUUUCUGACAAGAAUGCGUUCCAGAUGACGACAGAAGAGCUAGCAGAUCGCGUGCGGCUGAUGAUCAGCAGCAACCGCACUUAUGACCUCAGCUACUACAACAUCACGCCUUCCGGGGAUCAAGUGGGCACCACUCACCUAUCGGUGCUGGAUGAGGAGGGCACCGCGGUGUCUGUCACCAGCUCCAUCAACAACGUCUUAGGCUCCAAGAUCUACUCCCCAAAGACCGGAGUCAUCCUCAACAACCAGCUGCGGGACUUCUGUGGCUAUGCAGACAGCAUCUCUACUGGGGAGCGCCCCCCCUCCUCCAUGACCCCCGCCAUAUUCCUCUCUGAGACCAGCUCCAGGAUGCUGCUGAUUGGUGCUUCUGGAGGCAGCAUGAUCCUCGCAGGUGUGGCCCAGACCAUCAUGAACCACCUCUGGUUUGGGAUGAAUCUGAAGGAUGCCAUUUCUACUCCGAUUGUGUAUGUGGAUCAGAAAAACACUGUGAAGUUCGAACCCAAAUUUGACCAGAACGUGUCAAAGGCUUUGGAGGCCUUGGGACACACAGUUGGGAACCAGAGCUACUUCUACAACGUGGUCAACGCCAUUUCCAAGGUGGGGCCCUGCAUCGAGGCCGUGUCAGACUCCCGCAAGCUGGGGGAGGCAGCGGGCUACUAAGCAACUAUGGACUUGGCUGGCCAGGCACUGCAGCAGGGAGCUUAGCCAAUAUAUGACAUCAGAACUAUGUUAGAGUGCCAGUCCUCCAGUGUGGUCAGGGCUGGUAUAACAGGCAUGUUUUCAUGAAUCAUCCUGCAGUUAGAGUUGUGGAUUAUGAAUCUGUCAUUGGCAGAGCUGCCUAUUUUAUCACCAUGUUCAGUUUGAGAAGUGCAUAAAUAGUUGAAUUGGUUAAUAAAUGGAUAAUUCAAUGAAUGAA